UUUUAAAAAAGGUCAUUUCUAACAAAAACUCCUAAAAAGAAAAUCCUUAUUCAUCCAUGUAAGAAAAGUUUCGGAAAUAAAAUCUAGAGUAAUCAGCAACUCUUUGAGACAGGGGAAAAUGGAGGAUAGCCGGAGAGCCGAUUGGUCGGAGCUUUACCCAGAAAUCCUCUCAUUGAUUGCCGGUCACCUACAAACUCAACUCGACGCCCAUAAUUUCCGAUCAGUUUGCAAGAAUUGGAGUUAUUCACUCUCUUCCCAAAUCCCUAAAACCCUACCUAUUGUAUCUUCUGGCCAUCCCCAAACCCUAAAUCCCGUCGUCCCAAAUUCAAGUUUCCAGAUAACAGCGAAUGCAGUCUAUCUUCUCCGAUCACGUAAGUUCCCGGAAUCCGAACCCUUCCUCAUCACUGUCGAAGAAUUCGAAAAAGAGGGAAUUGUGUAGUCUUUCAUGAAAAUUCUUUCUCGCCAUAUGAAAUCAGGGUGUUUCAUUUAGAGGAUGGAGAUGGUGGACUCAUAUCUGAUUAUCCUGAAUAUACUCAAGUAUUGUGGCCACCUCCUUCAUGGAUUCUCCUGAAUAUACUGAAUUGCGUAGACCGUCAAAAGGUGAUUCGGUAAUGGUUUUCGCAAACCUCAUAUCAAUAUCGGACAUAAGACAUAAGGUGUUUGAGGUUCUGUUUAGCUUUUCUUUUGGUGUGUAUUAUGGAUGGUAAUGCUGAAUUAGCAUUUUUUUUUUGUUAAAUACUUUUUCAUUUCUUAAAAUGUGACCACAUUGGCACUAACCAAAUAGUCUGGUAUUUUUGACACGGAUCAUUCCCCGCUUUUCUUAUGAAGUUGUCCCAGAAUAUAAAUGACAUAUUUUUUGUUCUAA